AUGCUCCUCGGCAACCAUCCCGUCCCCGCACCCUCCAACGAGGUCAGCAUCGUCGGCGAGGUCACCAACGGGGUCAUCAUCGCCGCGAAAGCUGCCGUAAACACGCUCUUUUUGUCGCAGCGGCGCGGCGCGCUGAUGGCUCUCCAGAUAAAGAACCUGAAGAAGGCUGCGCUGGCGUACCUUGUGUGGGACCUACGCGGCGAGCUGGCGGGCGCGCGACUCGAGCAGGCGGUCGUGUACGGCAAGCGGCUCGAGACACACGCGAGCGGCGUGGACAAGGAGUUGGGCAAGUGCAAGCGGCGGCAGGCGGGCGCGGAGGCGCUUCUCGCUGUCGUUCCAGAAACUUUGCAGGACGUGCCGACGCCAGAGGAGCCCGCGGUAGAGGAGGAGCCGGCGGUCGAGGACCUGCCUGCCAGCGACUCCCGUCCCGACGACGCGUCUUCGGACAGCGAUCGGGAAAGCGUCUUCGAACGCCGGGCGCCCCUCAUCAACGCCGCCGCCGCUCAGCUGCCCCUCUCGCGCGAUCUGCUUGCCUACUAUCAGUCGCGCGUCGCCGCCGCCGAGAAGGACAUGGUCUCGCUGCAGGGCCGGCUCGAGGAGGUGGAAAGGCACGUGGAGGCGGCACAGCAGAGCCGGCGCGACCUGCUGAGGCGGACCGACGAGGUGGCCGAGCUGCAGCGCGCGCUCUCCGACUCGCACGUCUUUGUAUGGGAGGCGCGCGACACGGCCGCACGGCUGCAGGCGGAGAACGACGGCCUCCGCAUACAAGAAGCGGAGGACCGGCGGAAGAUCCAGCACCUGCUGGCCCUCGUCGAGCCGCUCUCCUCCGACGCCGCUCUCCUCGCCAGCCAGUCUUCCGACUAG